UGGCGAGCAACAUAUAGAGAGCAUCCUGGAAGCGAGGUGGGCACGUGCCAACCACGUGCCUUACCCGCCGCUUCCGCGUCCGCGUCCGCGAACUCGCAACGCAUCUCGAUGGCCGCCGCCCCCGCCGGAGCCGGGGACGGCGCCACCACCGCCGCGGCCAGGGACGUCGAGGAGGAGGCGCGCGCGCUCCUCCCCUCCCCCGCGCCGGGCGGCGGCUACGACGACGGCGACGAGGAGGACCUCGAGGAGCGCGCGUACGAGGCGGCGGAGAAGGUCAUCGUGUGCAUCUCGGGCGGGCCCGACCCGGAGAGCGGCGGCGACGACGACGCGGCGCUCUGCUCCUCAUCCGGGGCGGCGCCGCCCUUCUCGUGGCGGAAGCUCUGGCUCUUCACGGGGCCCGGGUUCCUGAUGAGCAUCGCGUUCCUGGACCCGGGCAACCUCGAGGGGGACCUCCAGGCGGGCGCCGUCGCCGGGGACACGCUGCUGUGGCUGCUCAUGUGGGCCACCGCCAUGGGCCUCCUCGUGCAGCUCCUCGCCGCGCGCCUCGGGGUCGCCACGGGCCGGCACCUCGCCGAGCUCUGCCGGGACGAGUACCCCGACUGGGCGCGCCGCGCGCUCUGGCUCAUGGCCGAGGUCGCCAUGGUCGGGGCGGACAUCCAGGAGGUCAUCGGCAGCGCCAUCGCCAUCAAGAUCCUCAGCAGGGGGUACCUGCCGCUCUGGGCCGGCGUCGUCAUCACCGCCUUGGAUUGCUUUAUUUUUCUUUCGCUGGAAAACUAUGGGGUGAGGAAACUAGAAGCUGUAUUUGCAUUUUUAAUUGCAACUAUGGCCAUCUCCUUUGCAUGGAUGUUCACAGACACUAAGCCCAACGGGAAAGACUUGUUAAUUGGUAUUUUGGUUCCAAAAUUGAGCUCAAGGACAAUAAGACAAGCGGUUGGGGUUGUUGGCUGUGUUAUCAUGCCCCACAAUGUGUUUCUUCAUUCAGCACUAGUGCAAUCAAGGAAAAUAGAUCAAAAUAAGGAAUAUCAAGUCCGUGAAGCAUUGAGAUACUAUUCAAUAGAGUCAACUAUAGCAUUAGCUGUCUCCUUCAUGAUAAAUCUCUUUGUUACAACGAUUUUUGCGAAAGGAUUCUAUGGCAGUAAGGAAGCUGGCAAUAUUGGCCUCGAAAAUGCUGGACAGUAUCUACAAGAGAAGUUUGGUGGAGGAUUUUUUCCUAUCCUUUACAUUUGGGGGAUUGGGUUAUUAGCGGCUGGGCAGAGUAGUACAAUAACAGGAACAUAUGCUGGGCAGUUUAUAAUGGGUGGAUUUCUGAAUUUAAGGUUAAAAAAAUGGGUCAGAGCAUUGAUCACCAGAAGCUUUGCAAUUGUACCCACUAUAGUUGUUGCUUUGUUCUUCGACACAUCUGAUUCUGCACUGGAUGUUUUAAAUGAGUGGCUCAAUGUGCUCCAAUCAAUUCAGAUUCCUUUUGCGCUCAUUCCACUCAUAACCUUGGUUUCAAAGGAGCAAGUUAUGGGAGUCUUCAAAAUAGGCCCUAAUACCCAAGCUGUAACCUGGACAGUGGCCACGCUGCUGAUCACUAUCAACGGGUACCUCUUGAUGGAUUUCUUCUCUUCUGAAAUCCGAGGCCCGUUAUCCGGCUCACUCCUCUGCGUGGCGGUCCUCGUUUACGCUUCAUUUGUACUGUACCUCAUCCUGCGGGGCACCGAGUUCUUCGAGAAGAUUGUCAAAGCAAUCCACAACACUUUUUCAUGACAAAGGCCACGAGUUUUGUUCCGUUACACCUUGACACAACAAGCGUGUCCCAGGCAAAAGACUGACGUAUAGAGGGAUACUACCAGACCGACGGGUCUGGUGACUGCGGGCUGGAUACUGCAACACACCAGUGUACAGUGACUAUAUGAAAGGGCCAUCAGUUGCUGCGAGGAACCGCAACCCUGCAGCAGGUGCCCGUUACACCUGUUGAUCAACAUGCUGACUGCAUCAGGCCGGAAGUAGCACAUAGAGAGAAGUGAAUUGCUGAUGUUGAGCUUGAACAAUCAGAGACGAACGGUUUUUCUUUACAAACAGUUCCCUUUUAGUGAAGUAAUCAUACAGAAAAGAGGACAAUGGGAGUGGAAGAUCUGGAUGAAAGUAAUGUGUUCCAUUUGUGCAUGAGGGAGAUUUCUCCCUCGGGUUUUAGAUAUAUGACGUAAGACAACUUAAUUAGUUCUUUUAGUUGUUGAUGAACUAAGUUGUGCUAACGUCAUGUAUUUAAAACUGGAUGGAGUACAAUUCUUUUUGAAUUUUUUUAUUGAAACCAUUAGGUUACCUU